ACAUUUUACAAAUCUGGGGGACCAAAUGUGCUAAUAAGCCUUAAAUGAACGCAUUACUCAAGAUUAACCAAGAUCUAAAUCCCUCUGAGCAUAAGAAAGUGCUGCCCCUGCCCCACCCAAAUUGACAUCCAUCCACGGCAGUUGCAAUCCCAUUCCCGCUCACCCUUAUUUAAAACACACCCACACCCACUCUCCCACCACCACUCACGACUAAUCAUUUGUUGACUCAUUCUCUCUUUCUUUCUUCAUUCACUUCCUCCAAUCUCGUACAACACAAACAAACACACCAACCAUGUCUCCAACAACAGCAACCAUCAUCACUAUCACCACCACCUUCUUCUUCUUCUUCUUACCUCCAACCACACUAUCCCAAACCACCACCUUCAACUUCCCCUCCUUCACCCUCCGCAACAUCACCCUCCUCGGCGACUCCUUCCUCCACCACGGCGCCGUCGGCCUCACCCGCUCCACCCCCGUCCCCGCCUCCAGCUCCGGCACCCUCCUCUACAACAACCCCAUCUCACCCAACACCACCUCCUUCUCCACCACCUUCUCCUUCUCCAUCACCAACCCCACCACUCCCUCCUCAACCGCCCACAACCGCUUCUCCUUCUUCCUCAACUCCUCCCGCUUCCUCGCCGUCGAUUUCAACACCAACCGCAACCAAGUCGCCGUCGAACUAGACAACACCUUCAAUCCCAUCCAAACCGCAGAACCAACCAUCGAUCUCAAAAGCGAGAAAUUAAUCACUUCUCGCAUUGACUACCACAGCAUCAACAAAAAGCUCACUGUUUACUUAGCAUACUCGAAUUCAACAAACCCUGAACCAAAACCCAUCUUGAAUGCUGAUGUUGAUCUUUCUGGGUAUUUUAAGGAGAAUCUCCAUGUGGGGUUUUCUGGUUCUACUGAAGGAAGCACUGAGCUUCACCAAAUCGUGAGUUGGAGCUUUGAGUCCUUUCAACUGGAGCCUCAGAAUCAAAGCUUGCACAAUGUUUCUUCUGGUAGCAGCCCUGUGAGUGUUGCAGUGGAUGGUAAUCCAGCUUCGAAUUCGAACUCUACCAAGAACCGUAGUGGGAAACGAUUUGCAAUUGGUUUCUGUGUUGCCAUUGUUGGUCCUGUUUUGUUCUGUUUAGUGCUUUCGGUUUUGGGGUAUGUUUCGUUCCGGAAAUGGAGUAACAUGAGGAAGCAGAAGAAGAAUUUUGGGGCUUGUCCUAAGGAAUUUGGUUACAAGGAGUUGAAAUCAGCUACAAAGGGGUUUCAUUUUUCGAGGAUACUCGGGAAUGGAUCGUUUGGUACGGUGUAUAAGGCCGUGUUUGUGUCUUCAGGAACCGUUGCGGCGGUGAAGAGGUCUAGGCAUUCCCAUGAGGGGAAGACAGAGUUUCUUUCUGAGCUUUCUAUUAUAGCUGGUUUGAGGCAUAAGAAUUUGGUUCAGCUCCAAGGUUGGUGUGUUGACAAAGGUGAAUUGUUGCUUGUGUAUGAGUUUAUGCCAAAUGGGAGCUUAGAUAAGAUUCUCUACCAAUCUGGGGGAAAUAAUAACAAUUUGUUGAGUUGGUUUCAAAGACUUAACAUUGUUGUUGGUUUAGCUUCUGUUCUUAGUUACCUGCACCAAGAAUGUGAGCAGAGAGUGAUCCACAGAGACAUUAAAACUGGGAACAUUUUACUAGAUGGAAGCUUCAAUCCCAGGUUGGGGGAUUUUGGUUUAGCAAAGCUGAUGGAUCAUGAUAAGAGCCCUGUUUCCACUUUAACUGCUGGAACAAUGGGGUAUCUUGCACCUGAGUAUCUUCAAUAUGGGAAGGCAACUGAGAAAACUGAUGUGUUCAGCUAUGGUGUGGUGGUGCUUGAAGUUGCUUGUGGGAGGAGGCCAAUUGAAAAGGAGGGUGAAGAGAUGGUGAAUUUGGUUGAUUGGGUUUGGGGGCUUCACUCUCAAGGAAAGAUAAUUGAAGCUGCUGAUAAGAAGUUGAAUGGGGAGUUUCAGGAGGAGGAGAUGAAAAAGCUUUUGCUGUUGGGGUUGAGCUGUGCUAACCCUGAUAGUGCAGAAAGGCCUUCCAUGAGAAGAGUUUUGCAGAUUCUUAACAAUGAAGCAGUGCCAAUUUUGGUGCCUAAAGUGAAACCAAUUCUUACAUUCUCAUCUGGGUUGCCAUUGACUCUUGAUGAGAUUGUCUCAGAUGCUGAGAAAGAGUUUGGUUCUAGCCAGUAUGUAUGCCAGAUAAAGAUUAACUGAAGCUGCUAAGUUAGUUUAUUCAUUUGAUUCUUUAGUUCUUUAUGAUGAUUUUUUGUAGUAACAUUGAUGUUUGUAGCAUGAUAAAUUGGGAAAUUCAUAGUUCAAUAACUGGAGUUCAAGCUAAUCCAUUGAACUUCAUGGAACUACCAUGUACACAAGACAUAUAGAAGCUUGCUAUAUACGGAUAUCAACUUCAUUUUUUUGUCA